AUGGGAAGCUUUGUUUUCAUCUGGCCCAAUGCCGGCAACGAGGUCUUUGUGACCGGCACGUUCGACAACUGGUCCAAGUCCGUCCAGCUCAAGAAGGUUGGCGACGUUUUCCAGAAUACUGUUGAGCUGGGCAAUAUCUCGAAGAAGAUUUACUACAAGUUUGUCGUCGACGGCGAGUGGGUGCUUGAUCCUGCUGCGCCCAAAGAGAAGGACGAGGAGGGCAACGUCAACAACGUUCUGACUCCCGAGAACAUCGUCGCUACGCCAGCCUCUGCUGCCGUCAUCAGCUCUGCCGCUCCUACGGCUAGUACGUCCCAGCUCGCUGCUGGUGUUCCCGUCAAAGACAAGGCUCUUGACACCCCUGUCUCCAUCCUGCCCGUGACUGAGGCGCCUGUUGUGGCUGGCGCGACUCCUGCAUUUGCCAGUGCUAUCAGCUCGGCCGCUCCCCAGUCCUCUACCGCCCAGCUUGCAGGCGCAGUUCCCUUGGAACCAAAGGCCGUUGACACCCCUGUCGCGACCCUUCCCGUCACAGAGGCGCCCGUUGCCGCCAAGGAGACCCCCGCCUCAUCCACCGUCAUCAGCUCUGCCGCACCAGCGUCCUCUACUGCUGCUCUCGCUGCCGACGUUCCUCUGGAAAAGAAGGACGAGACUCCUGCUCCCAAGGAGACUUCCACCGCUACCGAUAUUGCCGCGCCCGUUACUGCCGCUGCCGCCGGUGUUGCUGCUGUUGGUGCCGCUGUUGUUGCCACCGCCAAGGGUUCCGCCGAAGACGCAAAGAAGAUGUCCGGCUACCAGACCGAUGAUAUCCCGGGGACCUUCCCCGAGACCCCUGCGAACGAGCUCAACAAGGAAAUCAAGCUCGUCAACCCCUUACCUGCCGCCCCUGGCGGUGUGAACCCCGUGAAGCUCGCGCCCGGCGAGAAGAUUCCCGAAUCGCUAAAGUCUGGCGACAUCAACGCCAACGUGAAGCUUGACCCCGAGUCGUACGAGAAGGCCGACGCCGCUAUUGCCGGUGGUUUCUCCGCCGAUCAACUGCCCCCCGUCUCCAAGAACAUCAUUCCCGAGUCGAGCCUGCCCAUCGUCGGCGGCAAUGACGUUGCUAUCAACUCGGCUGCCCCCGCUGCGACAACCGCCGCGCUUGCUGGCGCCGUGCCCCUGGAGAAGAACAAGGCCGCUACCUCCGCCCCAUCCAAGGAAGAGGCCGUCCCUGAGGUUGUCAAGGAGAGCCAGGAGGCUGCUGGUGUCUCUCCGGAGGCCAGCGCCAUCCCUACCGAGGUGAAGGAGAAGCAGCAGGUGGAGGACGAGCUGCUGAAGAAGGUCCCCGAGGCCCCUGUCACCUCGGACGGCACCACCACCGCCGCCAACAACAACCAAUCCUCCAUUUCCCCCACUGCCGUUGUUGGUAGCGUCACUGCUGCUGCUGCCGCAAUUGGUGCCACUGCCCUCGCCACUGCCACGUCCGCCAAGGACAAGGCCGUCGAGCAGGCCGGUCCCACGGUCCAGAAGGCGACUGCGUCUGCCAGCGAUGCUGCCGCCAAGCUGCCCGUGUCUGUCAAGCAGGUUCUGCCGAACUCUAUCCAGGAGCAGCUUGCCACCACGGCCGCCGGCGGCGAGGCCGAGGCGUCGAAUGUUCCGGCUGAGGUGAAAGAGUCGAUCCAGCAGGCCGGCACCAGCCCCGAAGCUGCCGCCAACCCCACGGCCAUCCAGGAAAAGAAGGCCGUUGAGGCCGAGCUGCUGAAGAAAGUUGAUUCUGGCGCGCCCGGUGAGGGUGCUUCGGCUGCCGCACCCGCCACCAAGUCUUCCGCAGCUGCCCCCGCCGCGGCCUCCACCCCUGCCGUGGCUGCUGGUGCCGCUUCUGCUGCUGGUGCCGCUUCUGUUGCCGGUGCCUCUUCUGCUGGUCCUGCCUCUUCUGCUGGUCCUACUGCCUCUGCUGGUCCUGCUGCUUCUGUUGGUCCUGCUGCUUCUGUUGGUCCUGCUGCUUCUGCUGGUCCUGCCUCUUCCGCUGGUCCUGCCGCUUCUGCGGCUCCUGCUGUUUCUGCCGGUCCUGCUAGAUCAUCUGAUCCUGCUACUACUGCUGCUCGAGCUGCUGCCGCCCAUUCUUCUGCUACCCGCCCCGCUACCGAGGCUGCUACGGCUACAAAUGGCAAGGACUCCGUCCCUGUUGGUGCCGCCGCGUCGGGCCCUGCGUCGGUUCCCCAGGUCGCUCCUAUCCCCAACCCCACCGCCGCAGCCAUUGGCUCUGCUUCGUCAUCCCGGCCAUCCAAGGGUGGAGUUGUCAACGCCGAGAAGAAGAAGAAGAACCGCCUCAGCGGCUUCUUCCACAAGAUCAUGGACAAGAUCGAUGGCGACAAGAAAUAG